AUGGCAUUGGGGGAGCUCGGUAGGCCGCCCGCUGACCCGGUUGAGAGGCGAGGUGGCGGCGGGGCCUACUGGAACGGUCCUGAGCCUGACCGGCGGGGCCGAUCGAUGGCCGGGCUCUGUCGCAGCUCCACUGAGCCGGCGGCUCCCGGAAGGGGAGGCCCGGGCUCCGCGGGAGCGUGUCGCAGCGGAGGAGGCCGCGGGCGCGGCGUGCCGGCCCGGGGAGGAGGCGUUGGGGCCGCGGGGAGAGGGGGUGAGAGCCCAGGGACCCGGCUGCAGGGCUGUGUGGGGAGAGGGGCAGUGUGGUGUCUGGCACUGGGCAGACUCGGGACAUGGUCGGUGGUCAGUCUCAGGACCGGAGCACUGGGCAGUCUCGGGUCAGGGUCAGUGGGUAAUCUCGGGAUAAGGACACUGGGAUGGUUUGGGACAGGGACAGGGACUGGGCUUGGGCCAGUGGUCAGUCUUGGGACAGGGUCGAUGGGCAGUUGCAGGACGGGGCCAGUGACCAGUCUCAGGACGCAGACACCAGGACACCUUGGGACAGGGUCAGUGCUCUGUCUUAGGACGGGGUCGCAGGGAUGUCGGGGGGCAGGGUCAGUGGUCAGCCUCGGGACAGGUGUGUUGGGCAGCCCUAUGGUGGGAGGGGACAGCCUGCUGCCCGUCACCCGGGGUCCUGCCUGCACCACUGUGGUGGGAAGGUGGCCCCAAUGGGGGGCUGGCUGCCGGCUCCGGCCCCCCGUCACUCCCCUCAGCCCAGGGAGGGGAGCCUGGUGGAACCCGGCGAGGAGUUACCGCCACUGGCCAAGCCAGCCACGGGCUAGGCCGGUGAGCACUGACCUGCCCCGGGACGUCACGCUCUUCGGGAACCACAGGCCCCACUUCUUCCGCCUGCUCGGCCUCUUCUGCGGCACCCAGGCCCUCUUCUGGGCCUACCUGGCCCACCUGGCCUUCACCUCCCUCAGGGACACGGGCUACGAGGAGACCGUGCUGGUGGGCGAUCGAGCAGAGGGGCUGCCGAAGAUCGGCGGGAUCGCCCUGAACCUGGGCUCAGACAAGUGGAGAUACGGCUUCACCGCCUCCUGCCUGACUGUGGGGUGCCUGAUCCUCGCGGCGGGCUCCGCGUUCUCCCGUCGGUCCGUCUGCGGGGUCGUGCUCCACCGGGGAGGCCAGGAAGUCACCAUCUCCAGCCACCGGCUGCUGGGGGGCAGCCGCUCCUUCCGGGUGCCCCUCCGCGACCUCUCCUGCAUGGCGCACCGCCACCAAGUGGCCUCGGUCAUCCCCCUCAAGGUCAGGGGUCACCGCCUGUACUACCUGCUGGACGGGCGCGGGCAGUUCCACCAUCCCGGCCUCUUCGACGUCACCGUCGGCGCCUACAGGUCGCUCUGAGCCGAGCUCGUCGGUCGCCCGGCCAGCGUGCCCGAAGGAACAACCCGGGGCAGGUUGUCACUCCCUUCAAAGAUUCCGUCUCUCCGAUAAUCCGCCGUCACUGAGUGGCGAUAUACGGGCGCUGAAGAUGGACUGGACAGAGACAUUAACGCAAACGCAACUGGACUUGGUGUAUUAUUGGCACGUGCAAUCUACAGCACAUCACAGGCCCUUCGGCCCACAAUGUUGUACUGGAGAAACAGCACAACAAUACAGCUUGUUGUACAAACGUUUGUAGGUACCUCUUCAUACAGAUCAGUCCAAUUUCACAGUGCUUUGAGGUAGAACAAGGGAAAACAGUAACAGAAUGCAGGAUGAAGUGCAAGAUCAUAAGGAAGUAGGUCGUGAGGCCAGGAGUCCAUCUUAUCGUACAAGAGGGCUGUUUAAAACCUGACGACAGUGGGGUAGAAGCUGUCCCUGAGCCUGGUGGGACAUGCUUUCAGGCUUUAUCUUUAGCUCGACGGGAGAGGGGAGAGGAGAGGAUGUCUAGGAUGGGUGGGGAUCUUCGAUUACGCUGGCUGCUUUACUGAGGCAGUGAGAAAUGCAGACAGAGUCCACGGAGGGGCGGCCGGUUUCCGUGAUGUGUCCACGACUCUCUGCGGCUUCUUCAAAGUUCAAAGUAAAAACUCAUUAUUGGACUGAAUUGGCUUUAUUUCUUACAUCCCUCGCGUGCGCGAGGAGUCCAAACUCUUUACGCUGCGCCUCCGUCCGAAUGUGCAAAUUUUAGGAAUGUACAUACGUUACCAGAGUACACACAUGUCACCACAUACAGCCCUGAGAUUCUAUUUCCUGCGGGCAUACUGCGCAAAUCUAUAGAAUAGUGACUGUAAACAGGAUCUUGUGGUCACCGCAGAGCAGAUGACAAUGCACCAUACCUCCAGGGAAGCAGCCCAAGGACGUUCGUCUUCACCUUUGAGCUCAUACCCUUGAAUCUAGGUGGCAUGUUGGUAACCCCUCUGCGCCCUCUCCACAAUCCCCACGUCCUUCCUGUGACAGGGCAAAUCCCGUUGCAGUCUGACUGAAGUCUUAUGUAUCUUUGUCGUUUAUCUGGACUGUACAUUUUUUUUUCUCCCCCCCACCGCCCCCAGUAACAUGAGGAGUCUGCAGACGCCGGAAAUCCAGAGCAACGCACACACACACAAAAUGCUGGAAGAGCUCGGCAGGUCGGGCAGCAUCUGUGGAAAACGGUGAACAGUCAACGUUGCGGGCCGGGACCCUUCUUCUGAGAAGGUUUGGAGGGUGGGGAAGGGGAAGAAGGCUAGCUGGAAGGCGUUGGGUGAAGCCAGGUGGGUGGGAAAAGUCAGGAGAGGAGAGUGGACCCCAGGAGAAAAAGGAGGAGGACAGGACCCAGGGUGAAGUGAUAGGCACCUGUCAUCUUCUAGCUAGCCUCCUUUCCCCUCCACUCACUUUUCUUUUAUUCUGGCGUCUUCCCCCUCCCUUCUCAGUCCUGAUGAAGGGUCUGGGCCCGAACUGUUGACUGUUUAUUCAUCUCCCUGGCCUGCUGAGUUCCUCCAGCGUCUUGUGUGUGUGUGUGUGUUCGUCUGGAUUUCCAGGGUCUGUUAAAUCUCUGUAACUCUGUUUUGCAAACCACCCCCCCCACGAGGUUCAGUUUCCCGUUUGUGCGACUGUAACGGUGUUUCAGAAACCGUAUUUUCAGGAACGAUCAGGUCCCCUGUCAAGGACUACUGCAUCCCUUUUCAAUCUGUAUCCUGAGAAUCGGUUUUAUUAUUGCUGACGUGAAUUUUGUAUGUGUUGCGGCAGCAAUUCUGUCUGAAGGCAUAGAAACCUACCAGUCAGAAAAAUAAAUCGAUAACAUUGAAAAAGAGGUGAGCUUUCACGGGUUCAUGGAACAUAGAAAUCUACAGCACAUUACAGGCCCUUCGGCCCACAAUGUUGUGCCGACCAUGUAACCUACUUCAGAAACUGCCUAGAAAUUCCCUACCGCACAGCCCUCUAAUUUUCUAAGCUCCGUGUACCUAUCUAAGAGGCUCUUAAAAGAUCCUAUUGUAUCCUCUUCCAUCACCGCCGCCAGCAGUGCAUUCCACACGCCCACCACUCUGUGUGGAAAAACUUACCCCUGACAUCCCCUCACCUUAAAACUGUUCCCCCUCACGUUAGCCAUUUCAGCCCUGGGGAAAAAGCCUCUGGCUAUCCACACGAUCAAUGCCCCUCAUCAUCUUAUACACCUCGAUCAGGUCACCUCUCGUCCCCCGUCGCUCCAAGGAGAAAAGGCCGCGUUCACGCAACCUACUCUCGUAAGGCACGCCUUCCAAUCCAGGCAACUUCCUUGUAAGUCUCGUCUGCACUCUCUAUAGUAUCCACUGGGUUCACGGACCGCUCAGAAAU